CUUGGAACUUAGUACUCAAACAGUGCAAGAUCUACUCAUCAAAAGUUCUAAAAGAUCUCCCCUGGGAACCUAGUAAUAGUAUAAUAUAGAAUAUAGAUCCUAGAUAUAGAUGUACUAGAUCUAAUCUAGCCAAUGGUACUAAUCUACAUCUCUAGUCUUUAGGAAAGACAAUGUAACUGGAUGUAACUUGAUGUCCGUCACAUUUGGAUGUUACUUGAAUAACUUGACAUUAAUCACAAGUCUAUGCCUGGACGCACUCAAUAAUGAGGGCUGCGACAUACUUUAGUCUGUCUGUUUUGAUCCUGCACUGCAGUAUCCCUGGCAGCUGUUUUAUUCAAGUUUCUGGUAUCUAUGCUGGAGUUGCUGCCCUUGGUUCUAUUAUCUACACUGGCUUUGACUCAUUUGUGUGUCACUUUAAAACUUGUUGCGACGACAGAUGGAUUAUAAAGAAUUUAACUGGGCUUGAAGCUGACUUACAAAGAAAACUGCAUGGGCAACAUUUGGUCCAGAAAACAGUUCUAGGUCACAUCAAAGGACACCUACGAACCAACAACCCUUCAAAAGCCUUGGUCUUAUCAUUUCAUGGUCCAACUGGAGUGGGGAAAAACUUUGUCAGUCGCAUCAUCGCAGAGAACUUGUACAGAGAAGGUCUGCACAGUAAAUUUGUUCACCUCAUUUCAGCCACCAAGGAGUUUCCACAUGAAGGAAUGGUCCCAUUCUAUAAGGAGCGGUUAAAAGCUUGGAUAGAAGGCAACGUGACAGAAUGUGAGAGAUCUUUAUUCAUAUUUGAUGAAGUGGACAAACUACCCACUCUGUUACUGGACGUCAUCAAACCUUACUUGGACUAUUAUGAACAUCUUGGAGGCGUCAACUAUCGCAGGGCCAUAUUUCUUUUUCUCAGCAACACUGGUGGUGCUGACAUUGGCCAGAUAAUGUUUGAGCAUUGGCAAGCUGGCAAGAGAAGAGAGACGCUAGAGUUGUCCCACGUGGAGAACAACAUUAUGAAAGCAGCUAUCAACGCAGACAACCAUAAUGGUUUCUGGCAUAGCCAGUUGAUUAGCACACACCUAAUCACUGCCUACAUACCAUUUUUACCUUUGGGCAAAGAACACGUGAGGAAGUGCAUCAGGGACGGACUUCUCAAUAAAAACUACUUUAAGGAGGCUUGGAAAAUUCCACAAGACCUCAUCGACCUGAUAGUCAAAGAGUUGACUUUCUUCCCAGCGGUGGAGCAGGUUUUCUCCAGCACAGGGUGCAAGAGAGUGUCUGAAAAGAUUGAUCUGGUCAUGGCUGAUUAUAAAUAUUCAAAGCGGCUGGAGCUCUAGUGAAGUGUGAAUUAUCUUUUGUUGAAUGCAUUAUUGUAUAAUAAAAAUAAAAUAAGUGCUAUUAUUCUUUAUCUUUACUAAAACAUUUUUUAUAAGUGUUAAUUAGAGCAACUAGGUCAAGCUGCUAAUAUUGCAAUUUGUUAUUGAAUCUAUGUUUUUUAAUUUAUUGAUAACUGUCAUGCUUGUAAUAAAAGCAGACGGGUAGUUUUUCUUUGUGUGAAGAGCGUGUGUUCUUUUAACAUGUAAAGUAUCCCUUUUAGACCUUGGGAUCUGAUGUAAAGGUCAUCUGUUUCUGUUGCUGAAGGUUAAUGAGGUUUUCAUGGGGCCAGCACAAUGACCUAUCAAAAUCCAGGUUCUAAAAUGUGCCUAACUUUUGUCAUCUACACCACAUUGUUGCGUUCACUUAAUACACCUCACUACAGACUAGCUAUAUUGUCUCAAAUAAAACUUUUUUUUAUAUUUAAAGUGUGAUCACCUAAAAAUACAGAUUUUUUUUAGACAAUUUUUCGAUGAUCGUUUCCAGGUAAAUAAACUUACAUUCAUCAGACCAUGUUUCGAAUAUAUUUUCAUGUAUACAGAAUCUCAACCUUUGUACUAGUUAUUUGGAUGCUUUGUGCUUAUGACACUCCCUUGACAUCCUUCAGUAGGUUAGGGCUAGGCUGUAAUGCUCUUUGAUAAUAAUAAUGCUUGUCUUUGAGCUCAAUUAAGAUGAAUGCCGCAAUUGUGGUGGCUAUGCAGCCCCGGCUGUGACCUGCAUAUUUGCCUCAUCCAGCGCAGGCCGGUGGUCAAUUUAGAUUUUCUUUUCGCAUCUACGUCUGCCCUCGACAUAGCUUUUGUAAGUGGCCUCCACCUGUCUUGUUCUGAAGCUGCAUGCAACCAGGUGCUCUCUUCUAUAUCAGUUAAAGCAAGUUGCCAUCUAAGCUGGUGCUUAAAGCAUUUCUGUGGGCAACUCUGUUAUGCUGAUCACCUUUCAGCUCACCAAAAAAAGACUGCUUUUGGCUUUGGCAUACAUUCGUU